AUGAUUCUAUCAUCUUUGCUACUAGUUGGAGUUGCUCCUGCGUACUCCCUAGGCGCAAUACUUUACGCUACGCACUAUAGCGGAACUCUCAGUGUCCUGUCGCUGACGACUCAAGGAUCUACCUCCAGUCUGAGCGUAGUGUCUAGCAAGAAGACAUGUGGUAGCCAGCCUAGUUGGUUGACUCUGGAUUCUGCGAAUCGAGUACUGUACUGUCUUGAUGAGGCAGACGAUGGCGCAACAUUGAACGCAUAUGCGGCGUCAUCUUCUGGAGCUCUCACCCAGAGCGCACAAAUCCGCAUUGGUGGGGGCCCCGUCCACAGUACCCUAUAUGGUGGCCCAGAUGGGAGGUCAUUCCAGGUAGUUGCACAUUAUGGAUCUGCACAAUUGAGCACGUUUGCUUUGCCAAUUAACUCAAAGUCUAAACCACUACAAAGCUUCAAAUACACUAUGGCCCAUCCUGGCCCGAACGAAAACCAAGAAGCACCACAUCCGCAUCAAGCUGUGCUUGACCCUACGGGAGCGUUCAUCGUUGUCCCAGAUCUCGGUGCUGAUAUUCUUCGCAUCUAUUCCGUGAACAAAAAGACUGGGUUUCUCACCUCCUGUAAUAAUGUCACUGUUGCAGCUGGAAGUGGACCAAGGCAUGCUGGAUUUUGGAACCCUGCUGCUGGAACAGAUGGAACGAAGUUGUUUCUUGGCAACGAACUGUCAAAGAGCGCAAGUGCAUUUUCUGUGUCUUAUCCGCAGAAGGAGGGAGGUUGUUUGACGUUGGAGUUAACACAAACUGCCAAACCGUAUCCGCCAAGUCCACCAGCCAAGGCUGGUCAAGACGUUGAGGCAGUGAUGGUCAAGGGCAAUACGCUCACAAUUUCAAACCCUACUGAUAAUAGGUUUGGAUCCAAUAACGACUCCCUAGCCGUCUUCUCGAUUUCCUCAUCAGGCACAAUGGCUCUGCAGGAUAUGUCGCCCACAUAUGGAAGCUACCCGCGGACGUUCCAAAUCAACAAGGCUGGCGAUCUUGUUGCAAUUGGAAAUCAGAAUUCUGGGACAGUCGUUAUUGUGGCGCGAAAUCCGACAUCGGGAAAGUUGGGAAAGAAGGUUGCAAGUGUAAAGGUUGGGCCUCAAGUGACAAAUGGAGACGGCGGUCUCAGCAGCGUGAUAUGGGAUGAGUAG